CGGAAACUACAUACCAGGAAGAUAAGUGCUUGAUCAUAUGACGAUUUGUAUGAUUUGUUUUGUUAACAUUCUAACUUAGAAUUGCUUGUUAUUGUUGGGUUUUUUUAGCAAAUUGUGAGAUGAAUGUCUUCUUCGUUACAGCUAUUUUUCUGUUGACAUCGACAGCUGGGGAUUUCGGUGCUAAAUGGGACCACUUCACAUUCACACAAGAAUGGCCACAAACAGCUUGCUUGAUGGGCAAGGCAGAGGGCAAAAAAUGUUACAUUCCUAAUUUCAUCAAUUCCUUCAUAAUUCACGGAUUAUGGCCUUCUGCAGGAUCGAAGGAAGGUCCAAAGAAUUGUUCAUCAGUUCAGUUCGAUAUGAACAAGAUUAAGAAUCUUACAGAUGAAUUACUGAAUGCUUGGCCAAAUAUUUACAGCAGUACUGGUCGUAAUGAUUUCUGGAAACAUGAAUGGGACACACAUGGAACAUGUGCAUUAAGUCUCAACACAACUGGAACAGAAUAUCUGUUCUUUAGGAAAACACUCGACCUAAUGAAAAUAUACAAUGCUUCAAGGUAUCUGAGUAAAAUGAAUAUCACCCCAAAUGACACAACACCUUACGUUACUAAAACAGUUCAAAGUGUCCUUCAAAGGAAACUCGGUGUAAUGCCAAAUUUACAGUGUUACAGAUCUAAGUUAGGUUACUUACUGGCAGAAAUAAGGAUAUGUAUGGACAAACAGUUUAAACUUAUCGAAUGCCCUACUGGUGAAUUGACCCUAUACUGGAAGAGACGGGCUGAAACUGAACCUUGUAGAGGAGGAAAGAUAUAUUUUCCAGAGAUUAAAAGGAAUUAAUCAUAAAAGAGACCAACACAUAUAUGAAUGUUUAUGCAUAUAAACUCAUCAUCGAUACCAGAAUAAAUAAUUUAAUAUUUACGCCUUACGCGCGUUUCGUCUUCGAAAGAUUCAUCAGUGACGCUCGAAUAAAAAAAAUAUUUAAAAGGCCAGAUACGAUGUUGAAGAGCACUGAGGACCAAAAAUUCCUAAAAGUUUUGCCAAAUACUUCUAAUUAAUCUAUUCCUAAGGUACAAAAGCCUUAUUUUUUCAAUAAUUCAAAGUUUUUUUAACAGUUAAUUUAUAAUUAUGAUAGGGUAUACGAGUUGUGACUGGUUCCACGUAGCUCACGU